AGGAGGAGGAGGAGGAGAGGAGCGGAGCGGAGCUGGGGAGGCGCUCUGGUCGCCGUCAGUGGGCAGCGGAGACGCGGCAUGCCCCUGGCAGGGGAGAGCGGGCUGUCCUCAGCGGGGCCAUGGGGACCCGCGCUGUGACAAUGCCUGGGUGAGAGAGGAUCAGCGCCAGCCACCCCGCCACCUCCACCAUCACCUCCUGCACUCAGCUCACCACCGGCCACCAGCCCCUGCCUCCUCCGACUGCCUCUCUCUCUCUCUCUCCUUCUCUCUCUCUUUCUCUCUCUCUCUCUCUCUCCAUUAUUGUUUUCCACUCUACAGACGAUGGGGUCGGCUUAUGAUUAGGUCGGGAGCAAGUCAGAUCUUCCUCCAAAGAUUGGUAAUAUUUAUGUAGGCAAAAAGAGAAAGGAGAAAGAGAGAGAGGGAGGGAGAGAGAGAGAGAGAGAGAGAGAGAGAGAGAGAGAACCGGGAGGAGGGGAUAAGGAAAUUAAACCCUUUAAGUCAAUGAAUAUUGUGGUGACACCGGCACAGGAGCCCUCACGGUGGAGUCGGCCAGGGCUGUGCGUUCCCAAAAUAUGACCAGGGGUGCUUGGAUGUGUCGGCAGUAUGACGACGGCUUAAAAAUCUGGUUGGCCGCACCCCGGGAGAACGAGAAACCGUUCAUCGAUUCAGAGAGGGCUCAGAAAUGGCGACUGUCUCUGGCAUCUCUCUUGUUUUUCACAGUCCUGCUCUCUGAUCACUUGUGGUUCUGCGCCGAGGCCAAGCUGACCCGGGCCCGGGACAAGGAGCAGCAGCAGCAGCAGCAGCAACAUCAGCAGCAUCAGCAGCAGCAGCGGCAGCAGCAGCAGCAGCGGCAGCGGCAGCAGCAGCAGCAGCAGCAGCAGCAGCGGCAGCGGCAGCAGGAGCCCUCCUGGCCCGCGCUCCUGGCGAGCAUGGGGGAGUCCUCGCCCGCCGCCCAGGCGCACAGACUCCUCUCCGCCUCCUCGUCCCCCACCCUGCCCCCCUCCCCGGGAAACGGCGGCGGCGGCAAGGGCGACCGAGGCAAAAACAACCGGAGCAAGGCUCUUUUUCUAGGAAACUCUGCCAAACCGCUGUGGCGCCUGGAGACUUGUUACCCCCAGGGCGCCUCUUCGGGCCAGUGCUUCACGGUGGAGAGCGCGGACGCCGUGUGCGCCAGGAACUGGAGUCGGGGGGUGGCGGCCGCGGGGGAGGAGCAGCAGGUGAGGGGGACGCAUCCAACUCCGCUCUGGAACUUGUCAGAUUUUUACCUUUCGUUUUGUAAUUCCUACACACUUUGGGAAUUGUUCUCGGGGUUAUCCAGUCCCAACACUUUGAACUGUAGUCUGGAUGUGGUGCUCAAGGAGGGCGGCGAGAUGGCCACUUGCCGGCAGUGCGUCGAGGCUUACCAAGACUACGACCACCACGCUCAGGAGAAAUACGAAGAGUUUGAGAGUGUGCUCCAUAAAUAUUUACAGUCGGAGGAGUACUCGGUGAAAUCCUGUCCUGAAGACUGUAAGAUUGUCUACAAAGCCUGGCUGUGUUCCCAGUACUUUGAAGUCGCACAGUUUAACUGCAGAAAGACAAUUCCUUGCAAGCAAUACUGUUUGGAGGUUCAGACGAGGUGUCCGUUCAUAUUGCCCGACAACGAUGAAGUCAUCUAUGGGGGACUGUCCAGUUUCAUCUGUACAGGGCUCUACGAAACCUUCCUAACCAAUGAUGAACCCGAAUGCUGUGAUGUCAGGAGAGAAGAGCGCCCCAGCAAGCCCUCCAGAGGGACGGUGGGGACCAGCGGCCCCUGUCACAGGACGUCACUCACAGUGUCAUCAGCAACCAGACUGUGCAACAGCAGACUCAAACUGUGUGUGCUCGUACUGAUUCUCCUGCACACAGUGCUCACGGCCUCCGCGGCGCAGAACAGCACGGCGCUGAGCGUAGGGGGCAUCAACGCGCUGGAAGACAGCUCGGCGCGCGAGGAGUAGCCGGGAGGGCCACCCCAGGGCCACCAGGGCCACCAGGGCCCCGCCAGGGCACAUCCAGCACCCGCCCGCUGCCGCUCGGACACACUGGGUGCUUUUACCCUCCAACCGCUUCUCGCAGGGCCUUUAGGGUAAAAUCUCAGAAGAUGGGCCUGGAUCCAAACGAGGACACAAACACAGCUUUUUAUUGACUAAAAGGCUGUAAAGUGACUUAAAUUUCUCACACCAUUUUAUACACUGUGUUUUAAUGUUUGGAGGUUUUAUUUGCUUUCCUUUGAUUUUGGGUUUAUUUGUUCUUUUAUUUUUUUGCACUUGUUAAUACAGGAUUUAUUUUUUGGGGAUGGUUUCUCAGAGGUAAACUAAGUCUUCACUGUCUCUUUCUCUCUUUCUCUCUCUCUCUCUCUAUAUAUAUUUCUAGUCAUUGUGUGUGUUCAUCAGAUAGUUCUGUCUCUAUGUCCUGUCAGUUUCUAUUAGCGGAAUGAUUGCUAUGACCACGCGGUAUAUAGCAAAAUACAACAACAACAACAAAAAAAUCAUAAAAAAAUAAAAAAAGACAAAAAAAAGAAAACAACAAAAAAUAAAAAUAAAAAACCCCCUAACUCUUCCCUCCCGCUUCCGAAAACGACUGCCUUCCCCGCCCCCUCCCAUCCCCAGCCCUUCCCAGUCCCCUCCCCAAAACCCUCCCUAUCCCAUGCCUGCCCCCAAUCAUCCCAUUCCCACCCCCCACUCCCCAAUCCCCUUCCCCCAACCUUCCCAUCCCCGCCCCACCCCCCGCCAGCCCCUUCCCAGGCCCCGCCCCGCCCGGCCCCCGCCAGCCUCUUCCCAGGCCCCGCCCCGGCCUGGUCCCCGCCAGCCCCGCCCUCUCCCCGCCCCCUCUCAGCCCCAGCCCCGCCCCCAGCAGACAACAUCGCUUGCUUCUGUCUGUGCAGCCGCAGUGCGGGCGCGCACGCUCCGCGGUCCUCGGGCCGCUGUCGCCGACCCCGCCGGGAGCAGAACAAGGGGUUCCUUUUUAGCUGAACAAACAAGUGCUCUCCAUGGUAGGCGGAAUCAGACAGUUAACACAUUUUUAUGUUGAAAACAAAACAAAAGCAAAGAAAACCACCAUGAACUACGUUGCUCCAGCUCCCAUCCCCCGAGGCCCCGUCCCUCGUCGCCGUCGCGGGUGGUCAGGUGGCCGCGAGCCCGCCCAGAGUCAGGACGGGCGCGGCUGGAUGCCCCUCCUGCGGGACUGCGGGCGGGCUCUCGUGCGGGUCUCGGCUCGCUCGGGCCCUUGCAAGGGCAGCAAAGGGACUGAGGACACAAAUCUGGGUUUCUUUCUCCUCCUUUGUGGUCGUGGAGGAGACCGCAGAGAUGCUCCAACACCGGCAGAAUACAGAAUAUAUACAAUUUUACCCCCGUAUUCCCCCACCUAUGAUUUUUAAAUUAUUCCAGGUAUAAAGUGUAUGCAAUUCUGCAUUAUCACAAAAGAAGAACUUGUUUAAAAAACAAAUAGGUUAGCCAUUUUCAUUCAAGUGCAAAAACUCUGUCACUGGAACACGCUCUAGGUAGUUGACAAAAAGAGAAGAAAUCAGAUCGCUCUGUUUGUAUUUUUCUUUUCGUGGGAACAUUUCACCUGCUGAGUGUACAUGAAUUUGCUUUCUAAAAAAGGCUUUUAUGAGUUUACAGUAGAAUCAGUGGAAGGAAGAGUUCAUAAGGGCUGUUUUUAAAAAAACAAACAAACAAAACAAAUAAUUAAAAAAAACACUUUACAUUCCUUCCUAUACUCUAACUACACUUGGGAAGUGCACUUCAGAUAUGUUUGCUGUGUAGAUGGGAGAUGAAGGAAAACCAUAGAAAAGGUCCUCGUAGCGAACAAAAUUUAGUUAUUAACUUUAUAGCUAUGAAAUUCCCCCAGGCAUUUGUUUUUGUUCAAACAAACUUUAAUCUCUGCAUCAUACUUAACCCUGCGACAUGCGUACAGUAUGCAUAUUUUGUUUUGAAUAAAAAAAAUGUUUUGUUCCAGUCUGUUAAGAAUAUUAAAAAAAUAAUAAAGGUAUUGCUUAAUAAAAUUGCUAGAAUUGUUUAGCAGUACAUGCACAAAUAUUUUACUAGAUUCUUCGUUUUAAUAGUGUUUUGUUGAGACUGAAAAUCCUAAAAUGGUCUGCGCAAAUACAAAAAAAAAAACCCGCCAAAAUGCAAAACUCUCCAGUUUUUGUUC